UGGCUCCACCCUUGACACAUGGGGAUUAUUACAAUUCAAGGUGAAAUAUGGGUAGGGACACAGCCAAACCUGAAUAUCAAGGGUGCUUACAGAUUCCAUUAGUUAAUGAAAUAAGGGACCCAGCUAGGCAUUUUUAUUGACAGUAGAACCAGCAGAUUUAUUCCUUAAAAUUUGGAUGUCAAUGUGGAGAUGUACUUUAGAUACUACCGCUUCAAAAUUAACAGUUUUUUUCAUUUCAGUUAGGUUUGACCUCAAGAAGAUACUUUCAAAGAAAAUAUAUAUUAGUACAUCCUGUUCUUUUGGUUAUGAUUUUUGAUUUUACAUGUACAGUUUUAAAUUUGUUGUUGAUCUUUUUAAGGAACAAGAUUGGAAAAGCAAACAAGACAGGUAGCUUUUAUUGAUACUUUAAUUGCUGAUUUGGGGUUGGGUUCUCUUGAGACUAGAGUUUUUUCUUGCAUGAAAAGAAACCCACGUGAAUAUUUUUCCUUACUGGAAUUUGGAAGAUAUAACCUAAAAUGGAAACUAAAGUUUAUAUUUAAAAUUGUAGCCUCCCAUAUAAGCAGUCUUAUUUAUUGAAUUUCAAGUAUUCAUUUUAUUUCACUCAGAAGUUGGGUUUUAUAUGUAUACUUUUUAUUUUUUUUACUUAUAAAGCCUUGCCUAGUCUUCUACAUCAUUGUUAUUAAAUAACAGUAAAUUGAGUCAAAGAAUUUCUUUCCAGUCAUUAAUUUACUACAAAGUCUUAUACUUUCAGUUAAAACAUUUUAUUAUUUGUAUUACACUAUAUGCUGGCUGAUUUGAUCACCGCUGUGACUUGUACACUGUGCUAGAAAUUAGGGUACAGGAGCACAAAAUACCUAAUCCUGGCUCCAGCUGAGCACCUGCCCCUAGAUCGAUGCUGCCUAGUAGUGAAGAUUAAGACAGUAUGGAUGUAGAUUUCAUUUGUGGGUGUAACUGUGGCAGCAGGGCUAUUACUUUUUACCAGCAUGAGUGACCUUUCCUAUCACGGUGUGUUUCCAAUUCCAUUUGGGUACAGUGAGCUGAAAUGAUUGGCCAGAUGUUAUGGCUCAUUUAUCUAAAGUCUCCCUUUAACUCUAGUUGUGUUAUAUUACUCUGCCUUUUUGAACUCUGUUUUGUUUAGUUCAAACAAACAAAAAGUUUAGUCAUCUGAAGCAGAAUUUAGCAAAUGUGUAUUUAUUAAUCGAAAUUCUCUCACAUCUCAAAUAUUCUUUAUCUUGCAGAAUCAGCAUAAUUCUCUAGCAAGCUUGUAUUUUUAUGACAUUCUUUCAAGUUAUUGGAAAUUUAGUUAAAAUUGCAGAAACUACCAAUAUAUCUUGAAUCACUUAAAAAUUUACUUUAGCCCUUAAUUGAAAAACCGCUAGAAGAAAUUUAUUUGGUUUUGUGUAAUGUAAUUCCUUUUGGUGAAUGUUCAGUGAGGCUAAAUAAUCUGACACAUCUGCUUACUGACAUAUAUGUAUUUUAUAUGUAAGAUAUAUAUUUAAAAUAUAUGUGAAAUAUCACCUGAAACUUUAAAAUUUACUUUUACAUUUAUUAUUCUUCAAUAAAAUGAAUAAGGUAUGGACUUUUGCACUGAUAAAAAGCAAACUUCUGCCUGCCUUUCUCCUUCACAGGUGAACAUAAUCACUUAAAUGAACUAUCAUGCACUUAGACUUCAUACUCCCCUUACUUUUGUAGUACAACCAUUUGUGCCCAUUAAAUUGUAAGUUCCAAAAAAAUCUGACUCUGGCUGACUCAUUAAUAAAUGUUCAGUACCCACAGGAGUGUUUUGCCGACAGGAGAUGCUCAUUAUAUUUUUAAUAAUUGAAUUGUUUAUUUUAAGGUCUCUUCAAUAGAUAAUCAGAACCUGAAAGAGAAGUGUAAAUAAUAGCAACAUUUUCUUUGUACUUUGAAACUACAUCUAGGAAGAAUGACUGUAACGCUAUAUUCCUAAUUUGUAUAUCCGAAGACAUUUCAGGUCUAUUCUAGUACGAUGUCAUAGUAGGGUCACAUGUACAAUUAAACAUAGACUUUCAGAGUUGAAAGGAUCCUGAAAUGUCAUUAUUCCAGCUUUCCAUCCAAUGCUUGAGUUCCUUCGAUAGCAGUUGUUCCCAACUUUUGCUGUAUAUUAGAAUGAGUUGGGGAGGUUUAAAAAUCCCAGUGCUCAGGCCCCAUCUCAGCCCACUUAUGUAAGAAUUUCCAGGGGGGAGACCUAAGCAUUGAUAUUUUCUUAGAACCCCAUAGGUGAUUCCAGUGCGCAUUCCAGGUAGCGAGCCGUUGUUCUACAAAAUCUCUGCAAAAUAUUUUUCCAAUCUAAUUGAACUCCUCUGAAGAUGAGCACCUCACUACCAAAGUCUGACUUGUGUUUAUUCCAUUUAUUCGAAUAGUAACUUAAUUAUAAGUGUGUUUAAAUUAUAAGCUGGUUAAAUGAAAUAACACAAAUCAAGCUCACCAAUUUUAAUACUCAGCUGUUGAUAAACAACCCUGAAGAGUGACAUUUACAUUUAAAUUAUCUUCUUUGAAGUAGCAUUGCAGCACUUUUGAAUGACUUCCAAAAGGCUGAUCAUAAAAUCACUUCAAUCACUUUCAAAUUUUACUUUAGCAGCAAUGAAGUUAUUUGGUAUGACUCAGAUGAACAGUCUGCUCUGUCCUGGAGUUAUUAUGGUCAUUUCAUUUUCUGCAACCUGGGGAAACAGACAAGGGAUGAGCAGACUUGUUUUUACAUGUACCUUACAGAUUUGCCUUGCAGUGUUUAUGAUUAAAAGUUAGGUAGGCACCUUUAGAAAUGUGCUAGCUUCACAGGAAGGUAAUUUACCCUGUAGACAAUUUUAAAUAUACUGAAAGAAUUGAGUGGAGUAGUGAAGGCUUGGUUUUAUAAAGCUCUUUGAUUUUAGAGUAGAAUUUUCAGAGGAAGCGCCAUGUGACCACACACACAAACACACAAACCCGUAUUCUUGCUUAGGAACUUAUCUGUCCUGAGACCAUCCACCUGCAUGUCAGUUCUUUUGAGCACCUUUACAUUUCUUUUGGUUCUUUAGUAGGACCUGGCUUCUAAAAGUCAGUAUAUGACAUAACUGAUAAAUACUUAAGUAGUUCUAGGGUCUUAAGAGCUGUGUUUGAGUUUCACCUCCCUUCCUACUCAUGGUGUAGCCUUGGGCAAAUUAUUAAUUUCAGCCUUAGUUUCCCUAUUUUUACAGUACAAAGAAUGCCAUAUAUCUUGUAGGAAUGUUAUGAGGAUUUGUAGUAAUAAUGCAUAUAAAACUUCACGGUAGCCCCUUCAUUAUAGAAAGGCCUCAUGGACUUAAAUUUUGUGAUACAUUAGAAUACCAGCAUUGCUGGGCAUACUACGAUGAUAAUACAUUUUCCUUUUUUUCCCUACAGUAGUAGGAAAACAUCCCGAGGCUAGUUCUGUAGAGAAUAUCAUCUUUAUGCUCUUUUAUAAAAAACUAUUCUGAGACAUGAUCUUAGAUUGUUCCUUUACCAAAAUAAGUUUCCUCUUGGAAGUCCGAAUGCUUCAGCACAUGGGUAAGCAUGGGUCUCUUUAAGGAUAUAGAGGAUAGGGGAUGGUUGAAGCCCCUCGAUUUUCUCUGGGGAACCAGGAACGCUAGCCUUUCUAGUAGCAUACGUCAACCAAGACUUUCCUGGCAGGUCUUCAUUGCUAGUCUUCUUGUCUGUUACUCUGUAGAGUUGCCAGAUAAAGGACAGCCAUUUAAAUUGGAAUUUCAGAUGAAGAACUAGAUUUCUGUUAGUAUAAAUAUGCCUCAAAGGCUGCAUGGGACUUUUAUAUUUAUUCAUUAUUUACCUGAAAUUAAAAUUUAACUGAGCAUCCUGUAGGUUUCUUAGUUUUUCUGAAUCUGACAACCCCUACCUACAUGCUUUGUAGGAAUUUUGGGGUUAGAUGUUGGGCAGGGUUUAUCCUAAAGUAAUAUAUUACUAUUUUUGAAUGAAGUAGAGAGGAAUACUUCUUAGUAAGUGAAAAGGCUAAAUUACAGCAUUAAAAUUUCUUCAUUUGUUAAAAUACUACAAAUAUAAUUGUUACAAAUUAAUAUCAAUAAAUAAAAGUAGACAAUGCUGAUCCACAUAGAAGAACAUCUUCCUACUUAUCUAAUCCCAAGAAUUUAAGGGAAUCUUGAACCUAAGCAUCUUCCAACUACAUACUUAAGGCAUAUUAAAGAGAAUAUAUGAUAGUAUAAGUAUAUCCUUUUUAAAGAAAGUCUGAAAUUAAAAAGGGUCGAAGUGUGAUUAUUCUUUAAGACAUGUACAAUCAUUUUAUUUAUAUAUAUUUUACAUAUUAGUGUAGCAAUUCCUAAUUACUCCAUAACACACUGAAUUCUCCCUUCUGUAAACUUGUAAAGCAUUUACUUUGUUAUUCAUUUAUUCAUAUUAAGUAAGCAUCUUCUUUGUGCCAGGAAUUGUGCUGAGUGCUAAGGGUAUAAAAAUAAGAGCAAAUCUCUGUCCAUGUGGAGCUCAUCAUACAGCUCUGGAAACAGAUACAAUAUUGACAUUAUAAUGCAACGUGACAAGAGCUAUAACAAUGAAAUGAAUUGCUUCUAAGAUCCAGAAAAAGUAGUCUGAUGGAGGCUUCGCUGGAGAAGGGACAUUUAGACUGGAUUUUCUAGGACUAAGAAGCAAAUGAGGCUAUUUUAGGCAGAGAAGGAGAGAGAGAGAUAAUGAGUAAAAAAGAAUAAAAAAACCCCCCUCAAACCCAACACCCCAGCCUGUGAAAUAACCUGCUGUAACUUGGAACUAGUGAGAAGACGGCAUGGGGAGGGGCACCCUGGAAACAGGGUAGAAUGUAAAGAGUUGGCGAUUCGAUUUAAAGACAGGCAAGAGGAGCCCAUGAAGAACAUUUUAUAUCAGGUUAUAAAUUCUGUUUUUAUUGUAUAGUCAACAGAGUUUUAAAUAAGACUGAGGCCUUAAGUCAGUAAGACCUAAUUGUUUGUUUCAGGAAUAUAUCUGGAAUUUGAAAUAACACGCGGCCAGAAAUUGUUGCAGUAGUUCAUGGGAUACAUGAGGACAAAAGGAAUAGUGUGCUUGCACUAGAAGUGGAGAGAUCUUGAAUGUGAGACAUUUCUAAGUUAGAAUUAUUAGGAUUUGAACACUUUUUCUGUUGUUGGUUUAUUUUUAUUUUUAUUGUUUUGUAUGAGGAAGAAGGUAUGAGGAUACAAAAUAGGGAUAGUUCAUGUAUGUGUGUGUUAUUUCCCUAAGGCCUUAAGGUCAUUAGAGGAAGGGUCUCUCUCCUAACAAACAAUAGUCAAUACAGUCUUGUUCAAUUUAAACCAGAAACACAAAAUGUUUAAGAUGGGUGUAUUUGUAUGUCUGUACUUCAUUAUUAUUUUGACAAAUCUAGUCAGUAUUACAAGAAUAACAGGAUGCACAUUGGCAAACCCAUUUUUAUCCCACUUAGUUAAAUAAAAUAAUCCAGUUGUCUGACACAUAAUGAUUUUAUCAAAAUUAACCUUUGUCUUUGAUAACUUCUGCCCUGUGAUUGUUAUCGUUUACUUUAAAAUAUAAUCAUGGCCAGGUGUGGUGGUGUAUGCCUAUAAUCCCAGCUACUCAGGAGGCUGAGGUGGGAGGAUCAAGACCAACCUGACAACAUAGACUCCAUUUCGUAACAAACAAACAAAAAUGUUUGUAUCAAAAUAUCACAUGUACCCCAUAAAUAUAUAUAUGUAUCUAUUAUGUACCCAUAAUCAUUAAAAAUUUUAAAAAAAUAUAAUAAUGUAUAGUUCUUUUCAUUUUUUAAUGUGUCAAUAUAAUUGUUCUUUGGUGCCAGGCAUAGUGGCUCACAAUUGUAAUCCCAGCACUUUGGGAGGCCAAGGCAGGAGAUCACUUGAGGCCAGGAGUUCAAGAGCAGCCUUAGCAACGUAGUGAGACCCUGUCUCUACAAAAAAUUUAAAGAAUUAGCUGGGCAUGGUGGCAUAUGUCUGUCAUUCUAGCUCCUGCGGAGGCUGAGGUGGGAGCAUUACUUGAGCCUGGGCGGUUGAGGAUGCAGUGAGUUGUGGUUGCAGCACUGCACUCCAGCUUAGGCAACAAAGCAAGACCUUGUCUCAAAAAAAAAAAAAAAAAAAAAAAUUUGUUCUGUUUCAUAGGUAAAGAAUUCAAUGCUGGAUAAGUCUGAGAUAGACCAAAUGUGGACUUUGAAUUCAUAGUUUUAGCUUUGUCGCUCAGUGUUAAAAUCAUAAAACCUGCAACAAAGAAGCAACAAGCAGUGAUGCUUUAUAUGGAAGGACUUUCUUGUUCCAAGAAAUGUAUCACUUUAUAUACAACACAAUGUACUAUUUAAAUGUAACAUAAAUUAUAUAUUCCUAUGCAUUAUUUCUCUGUUUAUAUAUAUUUUUAUACUAAAAAAAUGCUAUUUGUGAGUUGAGUUUUACAUGGUUGUAUUAAGGGAGGCGCACCAGUUGAUGAGGUGUUGUAUGAGGUCUUUAAACACACCCAGACUCUAAGGCGGCAAUGAAUAACCUUGAACAGGUAAGGAGCCAGGUGGCCCUAGGGUAGGGAGAAAGUGCGACAUUGUAACAUCCCUUUGAAUAAUGUCUGCAGCCAGAUCCUGUGUCACCAUGACUCAGCAUCACACAGACAUUGAUUGCACAGCACAAGGAACACACAGGAAGCAAAGCUGGUCUGUCACAUGGCAAUUAGUUUGAGACACCACACCUGUAUUCCCACCGCACAUGUCAUUCCUCCGUAUCUUUGGCUACCACAGAGGAAAGCAGAAUGGAUCUGGGCAAUUUAUUGUCUUACUUUCGCUGAGGAGAGGGAGAGCAGGAGAAUGCAUGCUAUUCCACUUUUUCUGUGCUGCAGUGGGCGUGUUGGUCAUUGCUGGGAGCCCUUCAGUGAAGGAAAGUUACAGAACACCAAAAAGUGUCAGGAGCUUCCAUGUGGCUGAAAAACCACAUUCCAUGGACAUCAGCCAGUGUUGUAGUGUUAGGCUGUGACUUAGGCAUGUAACUGGGCCAACGAUUCCAGUUUUGCAUGGAAAAAGCACACAUGAUUAGUUUUUCAAUGAGGAAGUAGGCAAGUUGUAUUAAUCUGUUGACUGAGAGCUUAUAAUAUACUCAUGAUGAAAUCUCUCUGGAGCAAGUCCUAUGAAACAGUGUAAUGACUUGGCACAGGAUGGCUGGAUUUGCUUUAAAAAAAUUCUCAUUCAUGUUUAUUUAGGUCCAAAGGAUCCAUUAUACUUCAGCUUUAUAUGCUAUUAAAUUUAGAGAUGACACAAUUCAGGACACAUCUUACAUAGUUCUUUUGGUGGAACAAAAGCCCUGAUAGAAUAAGGUGACAUUUAUGGGCCUUUAAUAUCAACAUUACAGAAGAAGGGGAAUUGCAUUUUCUUUGUAUGUAAGAAAAUAAUGACUAGAGUAAUUCUGAAAUGAAAUCAUGGCAUUAUUGUCAGGAUUGGUAAAUCUUUUUAAUUAAGCUAUUAUCAUUUCCGUCAUGCAGCUGCAUUUAAUGUCUUAAGUAGGCAACAUGAUAUUUUCACAGGAAUUAUCAAAUAAACUCAGUAUGUUAGCUUCCCAGGGACAUGGAAGCUUUGAAUAUAGAGGAGGAGAAGGUCCGAUGAGGGGAAAAAGACCUUCUGAACCCCCUGUGGUCAUAAUUCCAGGGAAAGAAGGAGAAGAAACUUAAAUGUUUCUAACUGCUUACUGUCUGUUAAGAUUUUUAAUGUAUUUUAUUCCCUUUAAUUUUGAAAGCAAUUCUGUGAGUUGAAUAAUUAUUUCCAUUUUUUUGCUAAUGAGAAAACAAGCUCCUCAGAGAAGGUGAACAGAAACUGACCUAUUAAAACCCUAUCAUGUAGGUACUGUGUAGGAAGUUAAGAUGUAUUUUCUCAUUUAAUUAUCAAAAUAAGUAUCAUUUUAUGAACAUGAAUUAAAAUAGGCUAGAUUAUACUUUGGUAACAAAUAGACCCAAAAUUUCAGUGGCCUAAUAAUAUAAAGGUUUAUUUUUCACUCACACAAAGUUGACUUUGAUGCCAGGGGACUUCCCAAGCCAGUUCCUCCUGUGGUUUCUUGGCAUUCGAGGCCAAGGGAAGGGAAGUAGCACCAUGAUGCGGUCACACUGCCUGGAAUGAGGACUCCUUGCUUGUUGCCGCAGGGAAAAGUGACAGGAGAAGACUGCAUGGGUUCUUAAGGCCUCAGCCUGGGACUUACGCACGUCCUCUUCCCUCUUAGCCCAUUGUCCGGGGUCUAGUCACAUGGACUCACCGCACAGUGGGCAGGUUGGGAAUCGCGAGGGAGAAGAGGGAUAGCAGUGACCCCAACUGGGUCUGCCACGGCACUGUCACCCCCAUUUUAAAAAUGAGAAGACUGAAGUUCAGAGAGGUUAGAUUAUGUUCCUUGAUCACUUCCUUGGUGAUCUGUAGACUUAGUUCUUGAAACUAGAUCUCUCUCAGUCUAAAGAAUCUGUUUUUUUGCCCUCUACUUCAUCUCACCCCACACACACUCUGAGUAAUUUCGUGGUUUGGAGUUAGGUAUGGAUCUGUGGUCGCCAGCCUUCAAGAUGGCUCCUGUCAUCCUCGCCUCCUGGGAUUCAUGCCCUUGUUGUUCCCUCUGUCAGUGAAUAGGGCUGACCUGUGUGACCAGUGUGGUAUUGCAGAAGAGACAGUGUGACUUCUGGGACUAGGUCAUAAAAGACAGUGGUGUUUUCAUGUGUCAGUGCUCUCUGUUGGAUCCCUUGCUCUGGGGAAAGCCAGCUGCCAUCAGGUGGGGACGCUAGAGCAGCCCCAGGGAGCCCCGAUGUGGCAAGGAACUGAGAUCUUCUGCCAACACCCAGGACCAACUUGCCAUCCAUGAGAGUGGGCCAUCUCGAAAGUGGAUCCCCAGCUCAAGGGUAUAGUGACCAGGUUAUAUUGCAGGCAAGGCUACUACUUGCAAAUGCACCCCGAUGGAGCUCUCGAUGGAACCAAGGAUGACAGCACUAAUUCUACGCUCUUCAACCUCAUUCCAGUGGGACUGCGUGUUGUUGCCAUCCAGGGAGUGAAAACAGGGUUGUAUAUAGCCAUGAAUGGAGAAGGUUACCUCUACCCAUCAGAACUUUUUACCCCUGAAUGCAAGUUUAAAGAAUCUGUUUUUGAAAAUUAUUAUGUAAUCUACUCAUCCAUGCUGUACAGACAACAGGAAUCUGGUAGAGCCUGGUUUUUGGGAUUAAAUAAGGAAGGGCAAGCUAUGAAAGGGAACAGAGUAAAGAAAACCAAACCAGCAGCUCAUUUUCUACCCAAGCCAUUGGAAGUUGCCAUGUACCGAGAACCAUCUUUGCAUGAUGUUGGGGAAACGGUCCCGAAGCCUGGGGUGACGCCAAGUAAAAGCACAAGUGCGUCUGCAAUAAUGAAUGGAGGCAAACCAGUCAACAAGAGUAAGACAACAUAGCCAGAUCCUCACAGGUGUUGUGACUUAUUCGUCCUGAGCACAGUUGAGUGAUUUAUCCUCACCAGACAUUCCUGCUCCGUGGCUGAAGAGCAGCAGGAAGUAAGCUAAUGCUUACUCUUUGCUGUCUCCGAACUUCUCUGUUGCAAGUGGAUAAAUCUCAACCUGUUGCGCCCCCCACAACAAGAAGACACCUGGAUAACCAGCUAAACUCAGACCAUGGAAUGCCCUACCAGAUAUGGAAUGCCUUUUUAAUAUCUUUUCUGUGACUGUGACACUUCAUGUGAAUGACAUACUUCACAAGUACACUCGAUACCUUGCCUGCUGACAGCUACCCAUAAUCCUUUUUGAGUCCUGUUUCAGCGAAAUCUAUGUGUUUAAGUUCAAUUUUGUAGCACACAAAUAAUACUGAGUAAUUUCUAGUUAGACGCUGUAAACCUGUGCUAUUAUGGAUUUCUCUUCUUCCCAUUUUUACAGGGCUGCUCGCUCCACUGUCUGUGACCUUUUGCAGGGAUUUUGUUCCUCUAAAUCUUAAAUGUUGCCGUUGGCUUAGGUCGGAGAGCAAUCAGGGAAUCAGGAAGCCUUCUAAACCUAUUAUUACAAAUUGCAUCUAUAAAGAUUAAGAUUGUUGUCUCUGGCUCACGCUAUGGAUUAAACACACAUAUACGCUCUGUUCAGUAGCAGAUACUGUGCUCCCAAGGUCGGCAUUGCCUGGGUGGGAAAAUGGCUCAAACACAAUCCAGGGAAGCUCUCUAUGAUAUGUGUUUGACAUCCCCCUCUAGUUUCUUUGUGUGUGUGUGUUUUAUACAUAUCACAAGCUUACUGGUAAUGGUAACAUUUGCCUUGCCCAGCGAGCAAGACCCACUGGUUUUUGAGAAAGUGGGUCCAAAGAUUUCUGUAGGCCUUGUAGGCCUGAUUAAGGUUCAUUUUUCAUCUAUUAAUUCUCAUUAUUUGGAAAAAAAAACAAAAAAAAAGGAAAACCAAUAAUUACAACCUACAAGAAUUGCGCUACCUAAAUCCAUUUCAGAUAUACUCCGUCCUGUUUUUAAUGAACCAAACUUAACGCCAUCCCCGUUUCUGGCUGCGUUCCCCUCAUACUCAGCAGAGCAUGGGCAAGACGGCUGUUGUGUUCUUUCCUGCAGCAGCAAUGCAAACGUUAGUUAUAAAUUAGACUUUAAUAUUUUUGGUGUUUAAUGACAAGUUUUUAAACUGGACAUAUUAGGAAAAAUAUUUUUUUUAGCUCAGCAUGCUGAGUCCGGUACUGUGUAUUUCACCAGUACAUGCCUCUAACUCAGCAUUUGGGACUCCUGUUGCCCAGUGGCUGGGUUAGAGGUGCCUUGCCAUGAUCUCAGAAUACAGUCUGUUGAAUUAUCCUAGAUGAAAAUAAAGGCAAACCAACACAUCCAUCCAUCAGGAUUUUGGUCCAUUCCAUUUCUUUCUUUCUUUUUGUUUUAUUUUGCAUUCUUAAUUUCCUUUUUAAUUUAAUACUGUUUGUUUGAACUCUGAGCUUAGGGAAGACAACUACCAAGAAAGGCCAGGAACAGUUGACUACACAGUGAAGAUUCCAUGCAAAAUGUUCAAUACUGGAUCUAAAGGGGUUCAUACUAAACUGUUUGGGAAUAUAUUUGUUAACUCUGUGUACACCUAAUAAAAUUCAAUGUUUUCUUCUCAGAAGAGUUCAUUGAGACCAAACUGAACCUCAUUUAUUGAAAAUUAUAUGUGGGAUCAAUGUACUGGCCUCUUGUUAUUCUUUCUAUGUGGGAGGAUGACCCAGUCAUCAUUUUCCCCAUCUGCACUGUAUUUAUUGGGAAAUUAUUUUGUCACUGCUUUCAUAAAUCUUCAUGACAGCCCUUGCCCAGCAUUAAAAAAUUCUGGCCUGCUUAGCUGAUUAAAGGUUUAGUAUAAAUUUAACUGUUUAUGCUUAUUUCAUUUUCAUAUUGGAUUCUACUUGAAUAAAUAAAAAGUUAGCAGAAUGUUUGAGUAGAUUUAUUGUCAAUGAUGCUAAAUUACAAAUAUAACAAAAUGAUUCCUUUGGUCAUUUUUGAUUUGGUGUUAUGUCAUUUUGAAGCCUAUUGUUUUUUAACAGGAUCAGUUAAAAUAACUUCCAUUAACCAAUUAUUUUCAGAAAACAUAUAUCCCAUAAUAUGUGGCCAACUAUGAGUAAUAAACUUGUAAUCCAAUCAAAUGGGCUUAUAGACACUACUUAUAGCAACACAUCACACACACAUACACACACGCGCGCGCGCACACACACACAACAAACAGCCCCAGCUGUUUUUGUGACUGAUAAUCAGCCCUACUUGCUGGUUUCUUUGUCCCCUGCAAGUCUGUUUAUUGGUUUAAAUUAAGAUAGAUAAGAUUUAUUUUUGUAAAUGACUGAGAUUUAUGUAAAUGUGUAUCUCUGUUGUGUUUUAUAUAUGGGGUGUCUAUAAGGGCAUUUAUCCCUAUGAAGGAUGUCAAAUACUUUCUUUUAAUAUAUGUUUAGACAUAUUGCAGAGGGGUCCUUGUUAUUUGUAAUUGAGUUAGGUCAUUUACUUUGUGUCUGGUCUCACCUGUUGCAUGGGAAGAGGACAGCACUGAUGAGCUGCAUGUAGUAGGUACCUGUGUAUCAAGAACUGUUGGUAUGUAUUGCUAAUUUGCAUACAAAGAGUUUGUCUGCAUUGUACAGUUUCUGUGUUUAAUAUCAUUUGUUGUAUUCACAAAUACAACAUAUUGAAUAAAAUAUUUAUAUGAAGGCAUAUUCAAAAACAUCAAACAACUUUAUGUAACAAAAUGGCAUUGCAUUACCCACCAAUAUAGAGAAAUGUCAUGUAAAUAAGUUGGUAAACUCAAUUUCCCCCUUUACCAUGCCAAAGAAAAUUUUAGCUCUUUGAUGAUACCUCUCUUGCUAUUUGUUUGGGAUAAGACUUCACCAUUUUUUCCCCUCAGAAAUUAAGUUUGCUGUUAUUAAGUAAGUGCAAUCUGUCACUACUGAUGUUCCGUAUAGUAAAUCUGAUGGAAUUCAUUUGUA